AUGGUUACAAGUCUGAAAGGGGACGACGAACAUCGAUCAGACCACUUCCUUAUGGAGAUUGAAACCGACGACGAGAAUAACGAGGCUGUUUCCGGAUGCGAGGAGGAUCACGACGACGACAACGACGACGACAUUAACUCCGAAUCUGAUUUCACCGGAGCUCCGCCCUCCCGGAAUAAUUCUUCCAUGGCCAGCCUGGAUUCUCAUUCUUCUACCUGGCCUCAAAGCUAUAGGAAAUCAAUUGACGUGUUCACAAGCGUAACCCCUUCUUCAAUUGGAUUUCUGAGGGGCAGUUCAAUUAUGAACUCAGCUACUAAGAAACCUGAGUUUAAUGGUUUUGAAUCUACAUUAACUAGAAGACUUAUUUCCUCCUCCCCGAGGUUCUGCGAAGAAGAUCCGCUCUUAUUGACACUUCCAGAAAAGCCAACUGUCCUAACUCCUGUUUCAAACAACAAGCCAUCUACCCAUGAAUUGCCCCCUCCUCAGCAAUGCUCCUACGGCCAAACAGUUCUUAAUGCAAUAAAUGCUUUAUGCGGCAUUGGGAUCCUUUCGAUGCCAUUUGCACUGAAGGAAGGGGGUUGGCUUAGCCUCAUUCUGCUUUUAGUUUUUGCAGUCAUUACUUGCUACACUGGCAUUUUGUUGAAGAGAUGUUUAGGAAGUUCUCCUGGACUCGAAACCUAUCCAGAUAUUGGACAGGCUGCAUUCGGCGUGACUGGUCGGGUAUUUAUUGCUGUUAUCUUGUACCUGGAACUCUACUCUUCAUGUGUGGAAUAUUUGAUUAUGAUGAGCGACAACAUGUCAUUGCUGUUUCCGCAUGCUCACCUAGAGUUAUUUGGAUUUUAUCUUAAUUCCUAUCAACUAUGUGCCAUUAUCUCCACCCUCGUGAUACUUCCAACAGUUUGGCUUCGAAACCUUAGUUCACUAUCAUAUAUCUCAGUUGGAGGAGUAAUUAUGCUGGUCAUAGUUGUAAUCUGCUUGUUAUGGGUUGGGGUCAUCAAUGAAGUCGGAUUUCAUCCAGCUGGAACAGCUCUUAACUUGGCGAAACUGCCUGUUACGAUUGGUCUCUACAGUUUCUGCUAUGGAAGCCAUUCAGUUUUCCCAAAUAUAUACUCUUCCAUGAAAGAACCUUCACGCUUUCCAUCAAUUCUUGUGAUCAGCUUUUCCAUGGCAUUUAUUCUGUAUACGGGGGUAGCAAUGUGUGGUUUUCUAAUGUUUGGUGAAGCGACAAAGCCUCAGUUCACUCUGAAUCUGCCAACAAAAUUUGCUGCUACUGGGGUUGCUGGGUGGAUAAUGGUUUUGACUCCAGUGACCAAGUAUGCCUUGACAGUCACCCCUAUUGCAUUCGGACUGGAAGACCUUUUACCAUCAGCACGGUUUCGAACUUAUGGUGUGUCAAUACUCAUAAGGACAAUGCUAGUGAUUUCAACUCUAACCGUAGCAUUGGCCGUUCCAUAUUUUGGAUCGUUGAUGGCAUUAAUUGGAUCAUUACUCGUAAUGCUUGUGUCUCUAGUCCUUCCGUGUGUUUGCUACAUUAGACUCGAAAAAUUGAAAGCCAACCAGAUUGUUGUUUGUUCUGUCAUAAUCUUGGUGGGCAUAUCGUGCUCUAUAGUUGGCACAAUCUCUGCAAUCAAAAGCGUAGCCGAGCAGCAGACUUGAUGAAUACUGAAAGGUCUCAACUUUACCCAGAGUUGGUUCUAUCCAACACUAAAUGUUUGUUGUACACAAACCUUUAACAAAAAGUACAGAUUAGAGAGGCAGCAAGAAAGGCGAAAUCUUUUGGUAAUUUGUUCUAUUAGUUAACUUAAAACGUGGGGAAG